AUGAAGGUCACAAAUAGCGUCAUCAUCUCCGGAGUUAACAAUAGCAACAAUUACAAUUCCUUCGGCGUCUCUGGCUCGUCCCUCCCAGCACGAUCCUACCUUCCGUCCAAUAUCGAGCUCUACGGAAACUCCCAGAUUAUAACGGCCGACCCGAAGAGGCCUGGAGGCUAUGUGGUGUACACGGCCGAGAACCCACCCCCACCCGCGCGCCAGGAACAAGCAGCCAAAGCGACUCUUUCCAAGCCUACAUCGCCUCCCGAGCACAAGAACCCAGAGGAAUCUGCUGCUUCUGAGUCAUCCCACGAAGACGAGGUCAAGUCCACUCUGAAGUCAGACUCGCAGGACGCCGACAAAGCGUCGAAGCCAGAGAAAGAAAAGGAAGGCACCAAAGCACAUUUCCUCAGAAAGUUGAAGGACGACAUUCAUCGAAAGUGUUGCAGGCAUCCACAGGAGCAUUUUGGCUCUGGGUCGGAAAGCAGGCUGUCUUCCAGCUCGCCUGCCGCGCGAGAGGGAAACAAGCCCUGUACUCCGUUCGUUAAGCCUGGGCCCGACGCAUCCGACCCGACUAAAGGCUGCGUCGUUGUCGGGGCAUCGAUCUCGAAGAAUAGCAACAAUACCGCAGGGUUCUUUGUGAACAACGCGUAG